AUUCAAUGUUUGGGACACAGCUGGACAAGAGGUGAGUUUUCCAAUGGUUCGGUUCAUUCUSGAUGAUUAUGUUGUAAUUUUGUUUCAUGGCACUUUUUGCACGGUGAUGAUGCUCUGCUGACCAAACGUUAAAUUUUGYUCACGAAACAGAAAUUUGGAGGACUCCGUGAUGGAUACUACAUUCAGGGCCAAUGCGCUAUCAUCAUGUUCGACGUCACCUCUCGUAUUACAUACAAGAAUGUCCCUAACUGGCACCGUGAUUUGACCCGAGUUUGUGAAAACAUUCCCAUCGUAUUGUGCGGUAACAAAGUAGAAAUCAAGGACCGCAAGGUUAAAGCCAAGCAGAUUACUUUCCACCGCAAGAAGAACUUGCAAUAUUAUGAUAUUUCGGCCAAGUCGAACUACAACUUUGAGAAGCCUUUCUUGUGGUUGGCCCGAAAGCUUUCCGGUGACAACGCCCUUCACUUCGUUGAGGCUCCUGCCUUGCAACCUCCAGAAUUCCAAUUCGAUGAUAAGCUCAAGAACCAGUACGAGCAAGAGCUGCAGGAUGCUGCCGCGCAGCCUCUUCCUGAGGAUGAUGACGAUGAUCUCUAGAAACUUAGAMAUGGCACACAUAUCCAAGUAGAAAGAGAAAGAUUAAACACGCUUAAAUCAU